AAUUGGGUAUAGAUGACAGAGGAGAGUCUGGAAAUCACAACGUUUUCUCAGUUCAUAUCCAGUUUCGAAACUUUACUGGUAAAGGCCUUGCCCACGGUUAUUGGAAUGGUAUGAGAUGGAGAUUUAUGAAAAUAGGAAUUGAGUAUACUUACAACGUUGGUGAACAUGUAUUUCAUUAUAGGGAGAGACAGUAUUGAUAUAAGAUUAUUGAAGAUGUGAUUGGAAUAGGUUUUGGGACAAUAUAUGCGAAUUUACUUGUGAAAGGAUUGUUGCUUUGCAUGAAUUCUAGCAUCACUUCCAUAAUGACUAGGUAGUUUAAAUAGCAUCAAUAUGUGAAGAUAGGGAUCUCCUAUUAAAGAUCCUUGCUCUUGAAUGGAGUUUUUCUGAUUUUGAUUACCCCUGUAAUUGCUGGUUCUACCUUUAUCCUCUCCUAAUUCAAUAUCCCGAAGUAGGUUACAUUAUUCUCAUAUUGAAGCAUUGUAGUUGAAAAGGCUAUUCAAUACGUAUGGGAAAUGUUACCAGCCCUAUACGCAUUCACAUACUUUGAUUGCACCAAGAACUAUCUGACUUCCAUGGGCAUUGAUUAUCCAGUCUUAGUUAUACAAAUAUUUACUACUGUAAAUCAAUUCAUUAACUUACACAGAUUUUACAUAUCUACUUAUCUAAAUAAUUGAUAGUGUAUUUGGAACUCGGCAUAAGUGGGGCAGCUUGGUGUAAGAAUUUUUCAAGUUGCACAUCUUCAUUGCUUAUGUAUGCUUACAUUUUCAAAUAUUAAUAAAAUCAUCCUGCUUGGAUUGAAUGGGACCGAAGGACAUUAAAAUCAAUUCUUGAAUUUUCCUAUGGAUUAUUGCACUCAUCCUUCAAAAGUUAUUUAUAAAAUGUCUCCUUUGAAAUAAUGGGGUUUCUUGCAUUGUGGCUAACGUAUGAGGAAUUCUCCGUUUGCGUGUGCCUCAUUUUUACAGCCCAAGCACUAUACAUGUUUUUCUUGGGAGUAGCUAUGACUGCUGCUUCUAGAAUAAGAAGAUUAUUUAAAGAGCAAGAGUAUGAAAUAGGAAGAAAGCAUGUUUGGCAUUAUUUGGCAACCAGUUUGAUGACUGGAAUAUUGUUAUGCUUCUUGUUGGUGGUAUUCAAGCAAUAAUGGAUUGCUCUCUUUUAUAUGGACAACGAAACUUCACUUAUUUUGUCUAACAACUUGAAGUUGUUCUUACUAACUCUUACGAUUGGUGGGAUGUAAAUUAUGUUGGCAAAUCUCUUGGGUGCCUUGGGAGAAGUAGCUUUUACUAUAAAUGUUUAACUGUUAUGUUAAUAUGCAAUUGGAAUUGGAACCGGCAUCUAUUGGGGAUAUUAUCAUGAUUAUGGAUUGAAAGGAUUGUGGUUUGGAUGGGCUUGUGGGUUGUCAGUGAGUGCAGUAGUACUAUUCCUGAGAUUAAUACUGUUGGAUUGGGAGAAGAGUGCUGCCAGAAUGUUUAUAGAAGUAAGAGAUGAGACAAAUCAACAACAGCAAUGAUUAAAUUGAU